AUGAAACGUAAAUAUGAACGGCUGUAUCGAGCAGAGUGGGAGCAAGAACCAACACUUUCAAAGUGGCUAUCAAAAGCACAAGAUGAAGAUGUGGCAUUUUGCAAAGCAUGUAAUUCGAAGGUGUUGCCUAGGUUGUCUGUUAUAAAAGAACAUGCAAAUACUGGAAAACACAAGAAGAAUAUGAUCGGUUACAGUGGACAGUCAUCGGUUACGAAAUUUUUUAAAUCGUCUUCAUUAGAAGAUGAAGUGAAAAAAGCAGAGCUCAACAUGUGUGCUCUGCUGGCAGAACAUAACUUGCCUUUUCGGAUCAUGGACCACAUGAGUGAAAUAAUCAACAAGUGCUUUUCCGAUCCGGAGGUUGCGAAGGCUUACUCAUGCAAAAGAACGAAAGCAGCAGUCUUAACAUAUAAUGUUCUGAAGCCGGAAUUGGAGAAGGAGAUGCAUGCAGAUUUGAGAUCUUGUCAAAAUAUUAGUACAGGUUCACCAAUGUUUUCUUUGAUAAUAGAUGAGAGUACAGAUGUAUCGUCCACAAAAAUGCUUGCAAUCGUUACUAAAUACUUUUCUGAAAAAUCAUCAACGUUAAAAACUAAGUUCUUAGCUACGGUAGAUUUAGAGGGAGAAACGGCACAAAAUUUGUUUGAUGCUCUGUCAAAAGCUUUAGGCGACAUAAAUCUUGAUGUUAAGGAUGUAAUUGGUUUCGGGGCAGAUACUACGAAUGUCAUGUUUGGUGAACAUGGUGGUAUAAUCGCUAAAAUUAGGGAUCGUAAUCCACAUUGCUUGUUUAUUAAGUGUAUCUGUCAUUCCACUGCUUUAUCGGUGAGUUACGCAAGCAAAGACACAUUACCAAGAGCCAUUAAUCAAGUUGUGAAAGAAGUUUACGUUUACUUCGCACAUAGCAGCAAAAGACAAAGAGAAUUUUUGGAGUUCCAAGAGUUUACGAAGACAGAGCAACACAAAAUUCUACAACAUUACGACAUUCGCUGGCUUUCAUUGCACUCAUGUAUAAACAGAACUCUUGAGCAGUGGGAUGCUCUGAAAGUUUAUUUUCAAGGUCAAUAUUUGGAUGACAAAAAUAUGUCCUCCCAAUUUUUGUACGACAGUUUUAAUGACAAAAUAUUGAAAUUAUAUUUCUAUGCACUAGACUAUAUCCUACCGAUAGUCAAUAAAUUAAACACAAUAUUCCAAGGGGAUUAUGCAAAUGUACACUUAGUUUACAAAGACAUCUCUCAAAUGCUUGUGACAUUAAUAAGUUGUUACAUGAAAGCAAGCUACGUAAGGAGCACAGACCCACUUAUUCUUGAUCCGACAUCCACCGUUAACUUUUUACCUUUGAAGGACAUUUACUUAGGUGUAAACGUGGCAAAAGAAAUCAGUCAUCUUGCAAGUGACACGAAUCUGAAAGCAGGAAUAAAAACAUUCCUUGAACGAUUUCAAUCAUUUUUGAUUGAACUUUCCAGUCAGUUAAAAUCCCGGUUGCCACUAAACACCCUCUUCAAAGAUUUACAGUUUUUGUUUCCACAAAAUGUUGUAUAUCAAGAGUUCACUUCCAUAGCACAUCUAGCUAGUCAAUUUCCAAAUAUUGUAAGUGAAAAUAACUGUAACGUUGUUCUAUUUAAUGAUAAAACAGUAAAUUAAUGUUUACGUGUCUCCGUAUUAAUUAUAAAUUGUUUGUCAUUAUUUACAAACUGCAAAUAAAUUAAAAUAAAUAAUAAUCUUAAAACUAUGUUAAUUGUUAAUGAAAACUUAAUAACUACUAAAGAAUAAAUAAUUAUACGUUAAAAAAAAAUUACUUAAAACCUAACUAUAUACAAAUUAAAUAUUACAAACAAACAGAUCGCACGCAGAUGUAAUAUAUAUAUACAGCGAUGUUGGCGCGGGCGUGGGUAGCAUAAAAAACGAUAACAAGUCGACCGCGCGGCGGCCGGCGGCGGCCAGCCGCUCGUGCCUGUUGCGAGCCACACUUACAAAUGAAUCUUGUUUGAAAACAGCUGUGUAACGCUUUUCAAAAUAUAAAGUCUGUUCGAUUUUUACUAAGUCUUCGACUGACGAUUCUUAUUUUAAAUAAAUAUAUAAAAAAAAAGUUUAAAUAAAUAUAAGAAACACUUAGAAGUGUAGUGAAAAAAUAUAAUCCCGUACUGGGUAAGUUGUGCAUUUAACCAAUUAUUUAAUGAGUAGAAACGUUUGAAUUAUACUUCGUCGCUGCAUCCUCGAGAUUUUCAUAUUUAUAUUCACCAUGUAGUCCACUCCUAAAUGUACUAGGCAUCGAACACAUUUUUAGAGCUAAAAAUAGAAUAUUAUUUAAAAAGAGGCAACAUUUGACUAAGAAAUCCAUUUCUCGACGUAAGAGGGCGCGCGGGUGCAACCUACCAGCGCUAG